UCCUGUCUGCUCAGCCGGAUUCCUCCUCCUCCUCCUCCUCUUCCCCCCUCUUCCUCCUCUUACUGCUCACCGCAUCUCCUCCUCCUCCUCCUCCUCCUCCACCACCUGCCACAGCGAGCGACGCGGCGAUGGAGAUGAUAACAGGACUGCAGAGAGAGAGAGAGAAGCAUAUGGUUUGUGAGAGGAGCGGCUGUUAGUGAGGACUGCUCAACUUAUUCCAUCAACUGCCACACAUCUCCACUCGUCUUUUUUUGGGGGGGUCCUUCUAUCCAUCACUUCCCCGUGCGCGGCUCCGCUCCCUCCCGGUGUGCAGUUGUUCUCGUGCGGGGCUUGAUUGCGGUAAUACCUCCCCGAUCGCGCACGCUCGCACUCACACGCGCUCACGGAUCACCACAAGACAGCCCACCAAAGCUGCUCGCAGGGAGGAAAUUGAAUUAGACAAGUUCUUCCCAGUCGAAGAGGAGGACCGGACAGGACAGGAGGGGCCGACCAUCGGCUCUACUUUGCUUCCGUGUCUCCAGCCGGGCCCCACCAGGAGUCUGCUCUCCGUCUCCCGGUAAACGAGCCAUGUCUGGACACACCGUGGCCAUCCCGGAUGACGGGGCGUUCGCCAGCUUCAAGGCCGAGUGUCUGUCCGAGGAGGGCUGGAGAAUGAGCUGCAACAAGGGAGGCAUCACUGUGUGGACCCAGGGUCUGGAGGAAGGGAACUCCGUCCACCAAAUUAAGUGUCGGAUGGUGUGCAAGGACGUGUCAGCUGAGACCAUGUAUGACGUGCUCCAUGACAUCGAAUAUAGACGGAAAUGGGACACAAACGUCAUAGAGACUUUCGACAUCGGGAAACUCACGGUCAAUGCGGAUGUCGGUUACUAUUCAUGGAAGUGUCCAAAACCUCUUCAGAACCGUGAUGUCAUCACACUUCGUUCCUGGCUGCCAAUAGGGAAAGAUUAUAUCAUCAUGAACUACUCCGUCAAACAUGUUAAAUACCCUCAGAAAAAGGACAUGGUGCGAGCUGUGUCCAUUCAGACUGGCUACAUGAUCCAGAGCCAGGGGCCCAAGGCCUGUACCCUUACGUACAUGGCCAACAUAGAUCCACGAGGUUCAUUACCCAAGUGGGUUGUCAACAAGUCUUCUCACUACCUUGCUCCUCGCGCAAUGAAGAAGAUCAACAAAGCCGGUUUGAAGUAUUCGGAGUGGAAGCAGAAACACAACCCUGGGUAUAAGCCCUGGCUCUACCCUGAGCAGACUACAUUACCCAGCAUCCCACUCUCUGAGCUCAGCAUCCAGCAUGCAGAGAGCCUGGAAAAUAUUGACGAAAGCUCACUGGCCGAGACUCAGGAGAGAGAAGACAGCGACUGACUAACGCACGCCCGCACACACACACACACACACACACACACACACACACACACACACACAUACAUAUAUUUGCAUACGCAUAUGCAGUCACAUGUAUGUAAGCACUCAUGCACACAGACCAACUCAUACUUCACAUACUUGAUCCCAUGCUUUCAUACAUUAUAUAUAAACACAUACAUUUACAGUCAUGCAUCAUAGAUGCACUUACAUCACAAACCCACCCUUCAUCUCAAAAGGGGCUGCAAGACUUAUGUGAUUUCUCUAUCAACAUUUUCUAAUCACGGCCUAUGCAGAUUUUCAGAGUAAAAAUACUGUAUAGUAUUUUCAUUAAGAUUCAGUGAUGUAAUUGAAAAUAUGAACAAUGGAUUUCAAAAAUUCUUCUUUUCUCCUGGGAAAACACUGCAGCAACCCCUAAUGGGGAUGUAUGCAGUAAGAACAAACUUAUAUAGACAAAUGGAUACAGACACAAACACACAUACACACACACUCACUCAUUGAAACUAAAUUCAUGCUCUCAGACAUGCCCAUGUUGCCUCCCUGGCACUCAUGUUUCUCUGUCACAUUUUGUAAGCACAUGAUAAAUAUGCAGGUGUGAAGAAGGCAGCUGGAACAACAAACCCUAACCUGCAACACCCCCACCUCACAAACACACACACACGCACACAAAUUCACACACAUACAAAUAUACAGAUUUUACACUCACACGUACUGUCUGCUCCCCUAUUUGAGAGAUGUAUGAAUGUAUGUAGAGUUUAAAAAUUAAAUACAGAUUCCUACGAAAGUUUUCAAAUUUCA